AUGGAAAACCUCGGUUCGGCAAGACAGAGAGCCAUUGUUCACUGUUGUCCCUGGCAACGCCAAGCACCCGGCAAGAAAACAAAGCUUGGAACAGCGAUCAUGGGCCCUCGUCGUCCCAAGCAUCCCGGCAGAGCAACCAUCUGCUGCAGCAAAUCCAUACUUUUGCUGCAAUUCCCCAACCUCCAGAUUUUUCCCACGAGACCUUCAAGCAUCUUGCCUUGCCAAUUCCAGCAUCGCUCGCCUGCUUGCUUGCCUCCAAAUAUACACCAAGCCCAAUUCGCGAUUCGCGACAUCGCGACCCUCACCGCUGCCCAGGCUCAUCGCCGGCGCAACAGGUCUCUUUUUCGCGCGCACCCUCGCCGUCGACUGAGGUCGACAGCGACAGCGCGGCUCCAACUGCCCCUGCCCGCCUACUGUUCGACUUGCGCUGAGAGUCUCGAUACCAUCAUCACCACCACGUCGUGA